AUGGCUCUUUGUAUUGUGAAAUAUUUGUACCAGAUCAACAGAAAUGAUGAAGCCAGUGGAAAAAAUUCUACCAAAACCCAUGGGACAACUGGGGAACAACAGCCCAGCAAUCUCGAUGCAGCGGUUGAGGAUGCAGGGGAAUCUGAAAAUGAAGAAGAGGAGUGGGAUUACUUAGGCGAUGAGCUAGAUCUCUGUUUCUUCAAGCAAUUCCGGUACGAAUCUGAGACCGAAGCAUAUGAAACGAUGAAAGAUCUGCAGGGAAUUCAUGUUCCCCGAAUUUUUGCACGUACCAAAAUUUUGGGGCUGACAUACACCCAAGAUCAGCCCAUCAGUCGGUAUUUCGAACAUCCUGGGAUUCUUAUGGAAUACAUCGAAGGAUUCCCCCUACCUGAAAUUGCCGAACAUGCCCCCAGGAAAGAAUGGAAGCCAAUUAUUGACAAAGCCAUCGAGAUUGUCAACAAUAUCAUGAGCCAUGGGAUCCUCAAUGACGAUACCAAUGUAAGGUGCUUUAUCGUGCAACCUGAUCUAGCCAACACUUUGGAUUCCGAAUACAAGUUCAAGUUGACUAUGAUCGACUUUGGUCAUACCAGAUUCCGUAGACAAUACCACCCUGGAGAGGAUUGGCGAUGGUGGCAGGCACAGGAUGACGAAGAGGGCGCCAUCGGAGUGGUGAUGAGUAUGCAACUGGAAAGGGAACAAGGGGGAGGUUACACCUAUGAAAGGACCACCUAUCGUGAGGCGCUUCAACGUGAUUACAUGAGAGGAGAAUGGCCCAAGGAGAGGCCUAUUCCACGCGAUGGAUGA